AUGACAACUUCCACCACUGCACUCUCCACGCGAGCUGCGGCCGUCUUUGCCAACCACGGUGCUGGUCCGUUGCCCGUGCUCAGCUCGGCGAAGGACCGUACGCAUGGCCCGACACGUCGCUUUCUCGAAACAAUGAUCCCGAACCUCCUUGGAUUGAAGGAUACAUCGACGCGCCCCAAGGCUAUCGUCUUGGUGACAGCGCAUUGGGAAGAAUCGUGUGUCGCCAUCUCAUCGGGGGCGUCCCCUGCACUUCUAUAUGACUACUACGGAUUUCCUCGCCAAGCCUACGAAAUCUCGUACAACGCGCCAGGGUCGCCAGCGAUCGCCCAAAAGAUCCACCAGCUCCUCUCAGAAGCCAACAUUGAUUCGCGCCUCGACCCGACGCGCGGCUGGGACCACGGCACGUUUGUGCCAAUGAAGCUUAUUCACCCAGACGAAGACAUCCCGAUCGUCCAAGUGAGCGUCGUCGCGGGCUGGGACCCAGUGUUGCACUUCAAGAUCGGCCAAGCGCUCUCUGUGCUCCGUGAUGAAAACAUUGCGAUCGUCGGGUCUGGCGCGACCUUCCACCCCAGCCGUAGCGUCGUCGAUAGCAAACGCCGCGCGCGCAAGUUCAAUGUGGCGCUGACUGAAGCCGCUCUCGAAACGUCCGUAGAGGGCCGACGCGAGGCGCUCAAGCGCUGGGCAACACUGCCGCACGCACGCGACUGCCAUCAACGCGAAGAACACUUGAUCCCGCUCAUGGUAGUCGCGGGCGCCGGCGGAGCUGACAAAGGCGACGCGUUUGACGUGGAUGAAGGCAUCUACACUUCGUUUGCGUGGCGUGGAUAG